GAUUCUGUCGCGCAACUGGCACAAACGGUGACGACAGCCCUGCGGCAAGGCAGGAGUGGCCUUUUCCUCCACCAGGGUAGAGACCAAGACAGAACUAUCUCUGUUUCUGGCUCCACUGCCAGUGAAGGAGUUUUCAUUCAGACUUUACGAAGAGAGGUGGAGAAACCUAAAGACUCAGGAGAAGAGAUUCUCUGAGCCAGAUGGGGCAUUAAUUCUGCUUUUCUCAGCAUGGAUAAACCCUUUCCUCAAGGAUUUUCUGAUGUACCUUGAGGUCCAUGUAACUACAAGGGCUCCUCUUUAUCACCAUAAGUGCCAUCCAGACCCAAAACCACUCAGAGCUAAAAAAAUCAAGGCAAAAUGGAUGCUGCAGUGACAGAUGAUUUUCAACAAAUUCUGCCUAUUGAACAGCUGCGCUCUACUCAUGCUAGCAAUGAUUAUGUGGAAAGGCCUCCAGUCCCCUGUAAACAGGCCCUCUCAAGCCCUUCCCUUAUUGUGCAAACCCACAAAUCUGAUUGGUCUCUGGCUACCAUGCCCACUGCUCUCCCCCGCAGUCUCAGCCAGUGCCAUCAGUUGCAGCCCUUGCCUCAGCAUCUGAGCCAAUCUAGCAUUGCCAGCUCAAUGUCCCAUAGCACCACUGCCUCUGAUCAAAGGCUCUUGGCCAGCAUUACGCCCUCACCUUCAGGCCAGUCCAUCAUCCGAACCCAGCCUGGAGCAGGGGCCCACUCAAAGGCUGAUGGUGCUCUGAAGGGAGAAGCUGAGGAAUCUUCAGGGCAUCCUACUGAGCACCUCUUCAUCUGUGAGGAGUGUGGGCGCUGCAAGUGUGUCCCCUGCACAGCAGCUCGCCCUCUCCCCUCCUGCUGGCUGUGUAACCAGCGUUGCCUUUGCUCUGCUGAGAGCCUCCUCGAUUAUGGCACUUGUCUCUGCUGUGUCAAGGGCCUCUUCUACCACUGCUCCACUGAUGAUGAAGACAACUGUGCUGAUGAGCCCUGCUCCUGUGGGCCUAGCUCUUGCUUCGUCCGCUGGGCAGCCAUGAGCCUCAUCUCCCUCUUUCUACCCUGCCUGUGCUGCUACCUGCCUACCCGUGGAUGCCUCCAUCUGUGCCAGCAGGGCUAUGAUAGCCUCCGGCGACCAGGCUGCCGCUGUAAGAGGCACACCAACACUGUGUGCAGAAAGAUCUCUUCUGGUAGUGCACCCUUUCCCAAAGCCCAGGAAAAGUCUGUAUGACCUUCCCACAAGAUGGAUCCAGAGCUUUUUCCUCCUAGACCCCAUCAGUAAAACAUAAGGCCUCAUCUUUGGAGAGGGGGAAGAAUAAUAAACUAGCCAAAGUUAGGGCCUCACUUAUUUUGUUCCUGCAGUUGUCAGGAGAAUGACCGAGUACAUCCUGGUGCAGGAUGCCUUGUUCUUUCUUGCAGUAUCUAUCCCACUACUCUUAGUCCUAUUACACCCCGCCAGCUCAGCCCUUAUGGCUGUCAUGGCAAAUUCAGGUGACAUAUGGGUAUGAGGUUUGGACACUGAGGACUGACAGAGCCAGCAACGUGGAGGUUUAGGGGCUCCCCAAUGUAAUGCCUCUCGAUGCAGGCUCUGAUCGUCACUCUGCUUUCCACCAUACCUUUGGAAGCUUUCUUCUGAGUUGGUUUUCACAGGUACAUGUGGAAGAGCGUUCAACCUUCCAGGGAAUAUGACCCCUUCUCCCUGUUACAACUCUUCUAUUCUUUAUCCCUCUGUCUCUCCCUCUCCUUUUAUUUCACUAUCCUGUUCUAUAUUCUGUCCCUCUUCAUCCUCACCCUCUCUUUUGCUUUUCCUCUUUCUUUCAUUUGUCCCCUCUUUGUCACACUAAUCCUUUCUCUCCCUGUAUUUCUAUCUCGUUUGAUACAUAUUUUUCUCUCUCUACCUGUCCUUUCUCUUUC